CACUGACCAAAACAAAAACAUGGCGGUGACUCUCAGCUCUAGGCUCAUUUCCGUUUCCAGAAAACUGGGAAAUGCUCUGAUUAAGUCCGUUUUUAUUGCCCAAGCGGCAAAUUUGGGCCACGACAUGGACUCAGACAGACCAACGAAGCUGGAGUUUGCGGUGCAGAUGACAUGUGAGAGCUGUGCGGAAAAGGUCCGAGCGGCUUUGGAGGGUAAACCAGGGGUCAAGUUGGUCAGCAUCGAUGUCGGUAAGGAGGAGGUUCUGGUGGAGUCGUCUCUGACCAGCACCGAGGUCCAGGCUCUGAUCGAGAGCACCGGGCGCAGAGCUGUGCUGAAGGGCAUCGGAGGAUCAGAGCAAGACCUGGGUGCAGCCGUGGCCAUGUUGGCCGGAGCGGGGUCRAUUCAGGGCGUGGUGCGCUUCCUGCAGCUGUCCGAGGAGCACUGUCUGAUCGACGGGACCGUGGACGGCUUGGAGCCCGGACCCCACGGUCUCCACAUCCACACCCUGGGAGAUCUCACACGGGACUGCCUCAGGAGUUGUGGCGAACACUACAACCCAUUCAGUAAUCAACACGGAGGCCCAGCUGACUCUGAAAGGCAUGUUGGUGAUCUGGGAAAUAUUGUGGCUGGACCAGAUGGUAGAGCUUCGUUCAGAUUAGAGGACAAUCAGGUUAAGGUAUGGGACGUUAUUGGUCGAUCUCUUGUAGUUGAUGCAGGGGAGGACGACCUCGGUCGGGGCGGUCACCMUUUGUCUAAACAGACGGGAAACUCUGGUGAAAGGUUAGCCUGCGGGAUCAUCGCCAGAUCAGCGGGUCUUUUCCAAAACCCCAAGAAGAUCUGCGCUUGCGACGGGGUCACACUCUGGGAGGAGAGAGACCGGCCGGYAGCCGGGAGGGGCCGGAGAAAAGCUGACCCGGAGACGCCGGCAGCACACCUCUGAUUGUUAGUCGCUGAGGAGCACUUGGUGAGGUGGUCCUGUAGAGAGACGUACACCGAGGAGGGGGCGGAGCUAAAGAAAAGAGACGGGAGCACUGAGGUUUCCAGAUGGAAUCGUAUGAUGCACAAACAGUUUUGUACUCAGUUUUUUUUUUUAACCAAAGCAGGCUGCAGUUUUUAUUUUAUUUAAAAACUAAUAAGUAUCCAAAUUCUAAUAAGCUCCAGGGGGACGACAACGUUUAAAGUUUGUGCCUUACUAUUAGACUGACACUUCUGUCCACUUUAGGUUUUAUUGAGUCGGUAGAGAUGUUGUCCAGGUUGAGGACAAAUCACUAUACAAAUUGUUUUGUAUUGUGACCGAAUCUUAUGCCAUGAUUUAUGAAUUAUUUCACAUAAAAUACAGAAAAAUAACUUUUUWAACUAAUACUAAUAACUAAUUUCAACUAGCAGCGUAGCACAUAUGCACUUAAGUUAAUCUGGAGAAUUUUGUUUUGAWCUUUAUAAAAGUAUCCAAAUUUGAGACACAAUUAAGUAGAUUGAGCUCUAUUUUUUCCCCACAUAUUUGUUUACUUAAAAGCCAUAAAGCAACUUGAAUAAAAGAUUUAAAUGGAGAUAAGCUGUUUGGGUUUAUCAGGAACAAUAUAUAUGUAGAUAUAUUUGACACAUUCCUUUUUUAUUUAAUGAAUGUAUUACAAGAAGUACCUCCUGGUCGUCAGUACAUCUUUCUUCUUGAUGAAAACAUCAAUAUUAGGAUGUGAUUGUGUGGGCUGGGGUGGCUGGAUCAGAGUGGCUUUCACUCUCUUUACAUUGAUUUGUUUAAAUUUGAGCGUUUGUCUUGUUCUGUUGAUGCCUUAAUAAGGUUAUUGAAUUUCCAUCAAAUUAUUUAAUCAUUGUCUUAUUUCAUUUCUGUGCCUGGGCUGAGUGUAACUCUGUCACUGCACAUGGUAGACCUCAUUAUUGGUUGAUAAGUAGAUUCUUUGUGGCAGAUAAUAAUAAUAAUAAUAAUAAUAAUAAUAAUAGUUCUAAUAAUAAUAAUAAUAAUAAUAGUUCUCAGUGGUUGACUAUGACUCUAAAUUUGUAACUUUUUUGUGUGUAUAUGUUUGCAGAGUAAGUUACUUAAUGGGAGGAUUACUUACGGGCCAGUGAACAGAUAUUUUGAGUAACUGGUUCAAAGUUAUGAAAAACAAAUGGAAAACAGGAAAAACAAUGGCCAGAAUAAAAUAAAACAGAUAAAAAAAAACUUGUAAUAAAAUAAAUAUUGAAAUUCAUCAUUCAGUGUAACCAUGUUGAGUCUUUAGUGGAAUUUGCUUUUAGUACAUUCUUCUGGAUAUGUAUGAAAAACAACUGUUUAUUUUCUCAAAUUCUUAAAAAAUAAAUUAUUUGAUCAAGAAAACUGUCAUAUACAUUUUACUGUAUAAAGGAGAUGGACAUUAUCACCAUGAUGUCACUCUUGUGCUCCUUUAAAGGCAAAGUUCAGAUCUUAUACGGUGGUGAAAAUUAUGAGGAGUUAUUGUCUUACCUGCUGCAGAUAGUUUUUUGAACGUCUCAGUUGGGAGAAAAAUAUUUCUGCUGGAACGACUGCUGUAUGAAACUGAUGGAGAUGUAAAGAUUUAAAAACUAGUUAUUGCAUGAACUACUAAGAUAAUGAUAGUUGCAGUAGUGGGCACAGCUAACCUAAAGGUUAGCUUUACUAGCUUAGCUUCUCGCUAAGUGUAAAAAUAUAAGAUUAACGGAAGCUAGCGCUAAGAAAGUAACCAUUAGCAGAAGCUACCACUAAACGCUAAAACAGAUGUCACUCAGUUUGCAUCCCACAUUUUUGUCUGCGAUCUGAAGACUGGUGGGACUGACUAACCUGUUGAUGACAUCACAACAUGCGAGGUUUUGUGCACCUCCCCACACUACUUGUUACAUCAUUCCUGGCUCCCUUGAAUAGUUGUUUUGUACUUUUGUAACUGUCUUUUAUUAACAUUAAAGUUUUUUACAAAAAAAAGUAAUGUUAGCGGACUUUUGGCAAAAUUUAGCAGAAGUUUAUUGGUCCGCUAAGUUUUCAAAGUUAGUGAGAAAGCUAAUCUGCGAAAUUAAAAAUUUGUUCCGCUGUUAGCUGAUUAGCGGAACCAUACCCAUGUAGAGUAGAGUUGUUUUAAAACAGCACAAAUGCACUUUGGUCUUUGCCCCUUUCAAACUCACCAUUAGCUCAUUGGUCCAGUCAGAAUCGUAGACAUUAUACCACAGAAAACUGUCCGUGCGUUCUCAUUGUUGGGAGCAGAAACUAAGGUCAAAAUAUUUGUUUACAUGGAGGGAGCGAGACUUAAAAUGGAUAUAUUUAAAUCUUUCAAUUGGGGUCUGGAUGAAGUAGAACUGCAAUGCUUUGGUCUGAAUUCCUUGUUAUUGUAGCUCCACAAGCCCCUUUUCACCCUUUUCUAUGGUGUGUCUCAUAUCAGCUCGUUUUGGUGCUGUCUCUUUAAAUGCAAAUGAGGCAGACUUCAGCCCCGCCCCCUUCCAGGUCUAACUCCCAAUGAUCAUUGUCCACCACAUUUGGUCAUUUUUUGCAGUUUGAUAGCAGAGAUUCAAUUUUGUAACGGAGCAUAAAGUUUUUAUUUACAAAUUAAUAAAAAGACGUCAACAACUGA